AUGUUCACGGAUGGAGUAGAGGACGGAUGUGUUCAUGUCGUCGUACAGCGUCCUGCCGUUGCACGACUCUUUCCAAUUGUUGAAAAACGUCUCGCGUAUCUCAAGAAGGAUGCAGGUGCUUUGUCAGCUGGUGCAAGACCGUCCGCAUUCUCUCCAAAGCAGAAAAACCAAGAGUACCUUUGCAAUCGUCCUCGCGGAGCCUCGGACCCUGUUCCGGUCACUCUUCUCGAGCGUAUCUUCGCCGAGUUCGUGGAUGAUUGUCAAAAUCGACAACCAACUGACGACGAUAACGACAUUGUUUGGCAACUUUCGGAAACGAUGUGCUCCUUCUAUACGGAUGAGCUCGCGCGGAUGAAUGCAUUUCGAUGUGUGCUCCGCCAGUACGGUAUCAUACUCGAUCCUUCUAUGGUUGGCGCGACACAAUGUAUAACAGACGGACAUAUCAUGUCCUCCGACGGAAUGUUUGUGCAGGUGAUACUGGAGGGGAAGAACGAGAUCGGAAGCGGCGCUGCCGAACCAUUCCUGGAGGCAAUGUUGUACCACCGCAAGUUUAUGAAAGAGUCGAAAAUUGAGAUAGCCAACCUCUGGUCUGUCUUUCCAUGCAUCCAUAUCAUUGUCUUCGGGGCAUGCAUUGGCUUUGCAGGCUCUGUUUUAACACACAAGGUCCAGUCUGAUAUCCUGGUCCCUAUCAUUCCUCUGUUUGGGCAUUCGACAGACCUCCAUUUGCAACUGAUGGCGGUUCGUGCUUUGGGGGCUCUCAAAAUCGCCAUCAAGAAACUCACAAAUCUGUACUCUUGUCAAAUUCCGACUGUCGAAUCCAAAAAUCAAUCUCCAGGAUAUCCUUAUCCUCGGAGUUAUAUCAAUUCAACCUCAACCAAUGGCAUCCAAGAAUUCUCGUAUAAUGAGACUCAGAUCCUCAGGGAUCAACUUAUCUUCUUCGGGGAAACCGUCGGCGAUGUGGCUGGGAGCAAGAUAUGUAUUAAGUUUGUCCGGCACUAUUCCCCUGAGGCCCACAAAUUCUGUGCCGGCAAGGGGCGCGCUCCCAAACUUAUCGCCUACGAUCCUUUACCCGGCGGCUGGAAUAUGGUGGUUAUGGAUGCCCUUGAUAUUGAUCAUGAUAACUUCCCGCAACAGCCUGGCUCAUAUCGACAGCUCAGUAAAAUGGCUGUUGUGGACCGCCAGCCGCUGAAGGAGGACAUCACCUCUCUCAUCCAGGACUUACACACAGCCGGCUACGUUCAUGGCGACCUUCGGGAUGCCAAUUUUGUUGUGAAAAACCAAAAAGACUUCAUGCUGCUCGACUUCGAUUGGGCUGGACUGAAGCACAAGACCCACUAUCCGAUACGUGUUAAUUGGAAGGAUAUUCAACGUCCUAAUGAUGCGCGGGAUGGGAACAAGAUUACGACGGAGCAUGACUUGGAGAUGCUAAAAUUUAUAUUUGAUCCUGAUGGUCGGAAGUCGUCUACCUCCAGUUGA